GUGAGAUGUUCUACCAUGCAUUUAACGGAUAUAUGGAUCAUGCUUUUCCACGUGAUGAGUUAAGGCCUUUAUCUUGUGGAGGAGAAGACACACUUGGUGGCUAUGCCUUAACAUUGAUUGACUCAUUGGACACCUUGGCUUUGCUUGGUGACAGAGAGCGGUUUACUUCUUCUGUUGAAUGGAUUGGUAAAAAUCUUCAGUUUGAUAUUGUGAGUAUGGCAUUUGUAUGAAACUGAAUGAAUAUUGGAGCGAA